UAGAGAAUUAUACUUCUUCAGCAUUUUCAGUGCCAUUAUAUUUUAGGUGUACGUGCAGAUCAACAAAACAGCAGAAGAUGAAAACACAAAAAAGCUGGCUAAGGAGUUCUUUAGGAAACUGGAGGAACAUGAUGAGCAGACACUGUCACUUUGGAAACAAUUUAGAGACUUCAGUAUUGAGGAAUACAUCCGAAUUUAUAAGCGUCUAGGGGUGCACUUUGAUGAAUAUUCUGGAGAAUCAUUUUACCGAGAGAAGUCCCAGGAAGUUCUGAAGAUGCUGGAGGAUAAAGGGCUCCUUCAGAAAACAGACAAAGGGACGGGAAUCGUGGAUCUGUCAGAAAAGAAAGACCUCUCAUCGUUUGCCACACUUGUGCGCAGUGAUAGGACAUCUCUUUACAUAACGAGAGAUCUUGCUGCUGCUAUAGACCGGAUGAAUAAGUAUAGCUGGGAUACUAUGAUUUACGUGACAGAUAAAGGUCAAAGGCAUCACUUUCAACAUUUGUUCCAAAUACUGAAGCUUAUGGGUUAUGACUGGGCAGAAAGGUGCCAGCAUGUGUCUUUUGGUCUGGUUCAAGGGAUGAAGACUCGGAGAGGAGAAGUAAUUUUCCUGGAAGAUGUUUUAAAUGAAGUUCGCUCGAGGAUGUUACAAAACAUGGCUUCCGCAAAAACAACCAAAGAGACAGAAGACCCUAUGGAGACAGCAGAAAAAGUUGGUCUGGCAGCACUAAUAAUUCAGGAUUUCCGGGGCCUUCUGUCAUCCGAUUAUCAGUUCAGCUGGGAUCGAGCUCUUCAGAGUCGUGGAGAUACAGGCGUGUUUUUACAAUACACCCAUGCCAGACUCCAUAGUUUAGAACAGAUGCAUGGGAGCGAGCAGCAAACUGACGUUAACGUAGCGUGCUUGCAAGAGCCCGAUGCCAUCGCUGUUCUUCAGCAUCUUCUCAGGUAUGACGAGGUCCUGUAUAGAUCUUCUCAGGAUCUGCAGCCCAAGCACAUCGUCAGCUUCCUCCUCACGCUGAGCCAUCUUGCAGCCGUGGCACAUAAAACUCUUCCUGUGAAAGGCAGCGCCCCUGAUCUAGCCCAGGCAAGGCUCUGUCUCUUUCAAGCCACACGCUUGGUUCUCGCCAGCGGAAUGAAACUUCUUGGCAUUACACCUGUAACUCACAUGUAAUGAAGCUGUGUGCAAUGUGAAGCCACAUCUCUAAGUAAAAAGAUUUUUUUUUCAAGACAAUACAAAUACUCUCCUGUGAGUCAUUGCUA